CUAUGUUUCGCGAAGGAGACGAGACACAGGGUGGCCCGCAACCGCGGCACUUGAAGUCUAUGGCAGGCAGGAUCUGCUAACCUGCCUGGUUUUCUACUUCACUCUCCUGUUGAACUUGACUAUCUCGUGUCCCAUCUCAUCGUCGCCGACAUCCGAGGAGCAACUCUCCUCAUGUUGAUACCUAUGGAGCGGAACUCCGAGCAUUCGCGUUUGAUUCGCAAGCCCAACAUUGUUCCGACCAGCAAUGGGCAUCUCACCCAAGCGCCGACUGCGAGCAGCGAUGAUGGACAUCGAGGGGGUAUGCGUGUUGGACGGGAUUAUCAAGCAGUUGUCCCACCAAUAAUUCAGGCCAAUGAGAGGAAAGCAAGGUUAGAAGCCUCUGGGGAAAGAGCACUCCUUGUAUGGUCACCCACAACUACUGUUUCAGAUGCAGAGUUGGAUCGAUACAUAGCCUUGGCGAAGGAAAAGUAUGGGUAUAAUCCAGAGCAGGCUCUGGGCAUGCUCUUCUGGCACAGAUAUGAUCUUAAAGCAGCUGAGGGGGAGCUCCCCAACUUCACACCCUUCCCUGAUGAAUGGAGCAAGGAGGACCGAGCUCUCUUUGAGCAAGCUUUUGCCUUCCACGGCAAAAGCUUCAAUAAGAUCCGACAGAUGUUACCUGAAAAGUCCAUGGCAAGUCUGGUGAAACAUUACUACCUUUGGAAGAAAUCAAGAGAUCGUGUGAGCUUCAUUGAUCGUCAAGUGAAGAGACUCUCCUGUAACCCAAAAGAGGAAGGAGAUUUUCAUUCAGAUGAUGAUUCCAGCGGAAGUGAAGGGAGUGGCCGAGAAGGGGAGGGAGAUGAGAGCAAGAAUUCUUGUACCAAUUGUGGAGUCACUUGCAAUCAAGUAAACUCUUCCCCUAAAGGCAAUCUAUGUGGCACUUGCUUCACAUAUUGGAAGCAAAAGGGAGAUCUUCGUCCGACAGUCAGCUCCCAUCGCUUUCGCUCAUCCACUUCAGGCCACAAACAUGACAAGUCACAAGGCCGUCCAUAUCGCCUCCCUCGUGGCAUGCACAUCAAUCAUGACGACUUGAUUUCCAUUGCUGUAGGAGUCCCUAAUAAAGGGGAUGCCAUCCUGAAGCACAUGAGUGAUGAAAUUACUACAUACAAGCGAAAGAGAGAGGUUCCUAUGUUUCAGGUUCAAGGCAACAAGCAGAUUUUGAGCAGCAUGAAGACAAAGUUGUUACAGCAGCAACAGACCUUAAAGACACUUGAAGAUAGUUUUGAAAAGGUCUCCUCUAAGUGGACAAAUGAAGAUAUGGCAGUCCUAGUCAAAGGUAUAGAAAUGUUUGGGUGUGACUUCAAGAAGCUGGCAGAUCUCCUUGGGAAUAAGACCGAGGUCAUGGUGCGUAGUGUUUAUGGCAAUUGCAAGAAGGAACCUUACAUUGAAGCUGCUCUCCAAACCUUCAAUGCCAAGAACAGUGAAACUGCCAACAAUCAUGUGGAUGGUGUGAGGAUGUCCUUGCCAAUGUCAGCCAUGAUUGGACCCAGCUCGUUGUCUUUUGGGCAUUUCCCUCCCUUCCCAGUAAGGAGAACCCCACCUUUACCAGGAGAAACACCAGCUGAGCGGAUUAGACGCAUGAAUCGUGAAAGGCAGCGUCGGUACCGUGAACGCCGAUUGGCUGCUGUCCAGGAAUUGAGAUCCUUGGCCCCCCAAGUGUCUGGGUCUGUGAACCCAUCCUUCCACUUCCCACCACCUGCUGUGUCGACCACAAGCGUGCUGGCAUAUGCACGACCUAGACUCACAAUUCCUCUUCUUGGAAGUGGACCUUGUCACAGAAAUAAGAAUCAAAAUGAAGAAAGGCAGAGAAGGCACAGUGAUCGAUCAUCAUCAGCAUCAGACCUCGCCUCUGAAUCUUCAAAUCCUGCCCAUCAUCAUCCACCACAUCACCUGCUGGACAAUGAGGAUGGGAACUGUGAUGGGUGGGAGGCAAUGUUGGUGAAGACUGAGAUGGGAGAAGAAGAGAUGGAAGGUGUCCAAAUGAAGUCUGAAAAACAACAAAUAUUGUCAGUUCCUUGUGGAUUAGAAGUAAAGCCAAUUGACUGCAGCAUGGCAUCUAGAAACAGUGGAGAAAGGAGUGAAGGCACAAGUGAAGAAGAGCAUUUGAUGAUGUCCCCUCCAAGGCUUCCUAGACUUGCAUUUACAGCCAUGGCACACCAUCACCCAUCCAUCGAUUUGACUUGGGAAGAAUUGCUUGGAGGAAACAAAGUCACUAAACCACAGGAGACACGCCGACCUGUUGUGGAUCGCUUGCUAGACUUUUCUCGUGUCAAUUGGGGUCCUGUUCGUACCCUUACCCAAGUUGAAGGUGAUUCUAUGUGCACAGAGUCCAUUCAGGGUGGCCUGGAUCCUGACCGGCGGGUGUGGAAAUAUGUUCGACAUCUCCAUGGUCGUGUGCUGGAGACUAGAUAUUAUAUCCGACAUCGAGAUGACAUUGAUCGAGACCAUGUCUGUCUCUGUGCAUUUGACCUCAGCCUGGAUGGAGAUGAAGAGCUUUGGAUUUAUGUUGACUCCACACGAGAUCCACCCUCCAAGUCUGGAUCCACAUUGUCAAAGCAUGAAGGUCCAGGAGGUUAUGAGAAUCAGCAGCCAGACUCAUCUGAAUCAAUUGGGUAGUCCUAUCCCAACCCUAUAUUGACUUGACAUCCUUCUGGUUUACUCUCCUAUAUUUUGUUUUGUGCCCACGGGCACCCAGUGAUUACAGUCCAUGCAAAAUGGGCGAAGAUAAAGGCAUUGGGCAAUGCUGUGGAAGCUCCUGCACAGAUGUUGCUCAUUUUUCAAUUGUGACAAGUAGUUUUUUAUGCCUACCAUGGUCCAUUGUCCAUGUUCUAUGUCAUUAUAAGAGAAAAUUGAAGUUUACUAAAAA